AUGGAAGCAAAGGUUAUAUCCAAAGAAACCAUAAAACCAUCCUCUCCAAAACCUCAACAACUUAGAAACUACAAGCUCUCACUUCUUGAUCACCUUAUCCCAUCUCCAUAUUCACCAAUUGUGCUCUUCUAUCACUCCAAUAUGGACUCUUUGACCAUUAUUUUCCAACACUCUGUAAUUAGUCUAGACUUGCUAAAGAAAUCUUUGUCGAAAACACUAACUCGCUUUUACCCACUCGCCGGGAUGAUCAACGAUGACCUCUCUAUCGAUUGCAGCGACGAAGGAGCUUAUUAUGUUGAAACAAAAGUGAAUUGUACUCUUUAUCACUUCCUUACCAGUCCAGAUCUCUUGUUAAUACAUAGAUUCCUUCCCUGUGAUCUGAUAUUGAAGGAAUCUGUAGGGACUUUUGUGAGUAAUUUUCAAGUGAACGUUUUUGAAUGCGGUGGCAUUGCGAUUGGCAUAUGUAUAUCACACAAGGUGCUCGACGGUGCUGCGCUAAACACCUUCAUCAAGGCAUGGUUUGGCGCUGCUCGUGGAUGCGGUGAAGCACUAUUGCCUAAAUUUGUUGCCAGUUCUCUAUUUCCUGCAAGCGAUUUCUGGCUCCGAGACUCAUCAAUAGUCAUGUGGGGUUCAUUGUUCCGACUAGGCAAGUGUAGGACUCGAAGGUUUGUGUUUGAUUCCUCGGCAAUAACCUCUCUUAAGGCCAAAGUUGAUCUAAAAUUCUAUUCUACUCGUAUCGAGGCAGUUUCGGGUUUCUUGUGGAAGUGUUUGAUGAAAGCAAAUAUGCAGCGGAAACUAGAGCGAUCGACAUACCUCCAGCCAUUGAUAGUUUAA